UGGAUGGUUACAGACAGCACGAUAUUCACACAGGGAGGCGGAGAACGCAUGAAUGAGCCAGGAAGCGGAGAAAACAACACAAAGAAGGAAUGUGGAUGGAAUAAUCGAUUGAAAGUAAUAAGCUAAGCACUGUCGUGAAUCCGAGGGCAGCACUUACCUGUGGGAACAAGAGGAGACAGCUGCAGCAGUGCCUGAUGGGAAGGUGUGGACUGCAACUGCCCUCGUCUCCACGGAGAUGACCCCCGGGCUCAGGGAAUGUGGACAGAGAGCGAGUGCCGAUACAGCACGAGAUUUCCCUCUGUCCGCCCGCCAUUGACACGCUAGGCCUGCACCUCCGGACUCCGGUGAAACCGCCCCAAACAGCCGCGACCAUGUGGGGACCGGGGGUGACGUUGGUGUGCCUGGCGCUGGCGUCGGUGGGUCACAGCCGUGGCCACAGUGACUUCACCUGUGAGCCAAUCAGGGUGCCCCGUUGCCUGAACAUGCCUUAUAACAUGACCUACUUCCCAAACAUGAUGGAGCACUAUGACCAGGACAUCGCAGCCAGCAAAAUGGAGUCGUUCAUGCCCCUGGUCAGCCUGCAGUGCUCCCCGGACGUCCACCACUUCCUGUGCCAGGCGUUUGUCCCCACGUGCGCCGAGCCGAGCGAGGUCAGCUGGCCGUGCCGCGGGCUGUGCGAGACCGUCCACUCCAACUGCAGCAAGCUCAUCGAGACCUUCGGCAUCGACUGGCCCCCGGAGCUCCAGUGCGACAGGUUGAAGAAAUGCCCCAGUUCUCCAGACGAUUCGUCUGCUACCAGCCACGUGACCACGCCCAAGAGCCCGCCGUCCGCCAAGCGGGACCUGGGCUUCUGGUGCCCGCUGCACCUGAAGACCCCGCCGGGCCAGGGCUCGUCCUUCCUGGGCGUGCAGGACUGCGCCCCCCCGUGCGCCAACAUGUACCUCAAGCCCCACGAGGUGGAGUUCGCCAAGAGCUUCAUCGGCGUGUCGUCCAUCGUCUGCCUGUGCGCCACGCUCUUCACCUUCCUCACCUUCCUGAUAGACGUCAAGCGGUUCCGCUACCCCGAGAGGCCCAUCAUCUUCUACGCCGUGUGCUACAGCGUGGUGUCGCUCAUCUACUUCGUGGGCUUCCUGCUGGGCGACCGCGCGGCCUGCCGCCGGGCCUCCCUGCCGGGCGCGGAGGACACGGUGGUCCUGGGCUCCCAGAACAAGGGCUGCACCCUGCUCUUCAUGCUGCUCUACUUCUUCUCCACGGCCGGCACCGUCUGGUGGGUCAUCCUCACCAUCACCUGGUUCCUGGCGGCGGGGCCCAAGUGGAGCUGCGAGGCCAUCGAGAAGAAGGCGGUGUGGUUCCACUCGGUGGCCUGGGGCGUCCCCGGCGCCCUGACCGUCAUGCUGCUGGCCCUGGACAAGGUGGAGGGCGACGGCAUCAGCGGCGUCUGCUUCGUGGGGCUCUACGACCUGGACGCGCUGCGCUGGUUCGUGCUGGCGCCGCUCUGCGUGGGCGUGCUGGUCGGCCUCUCCCUGCUGCUGGCCGGCAUCGUCUCGCUCAACCACGUGCGCCAGGUGAUCCAGCACGACGAGCGCAACCAGGAGAAGCUCAAGAAGUUCAUGAUCCGCAUCGGCGUCUUCAGCGGCCUCUACCUGCUGCCCCUGGUGGUGCUGCUGGGCUGCUACGCGUACGAGCAGGCCCGGCGGGGCGCCUGGGAGGACACCUGGGUCAACGACCACUGCCAGGAGUACAGCAUCCCCUGCUCUCACUCGAAAAAUGAGAUUGACCGUCCUGAUUUGACACUGUUUUUGGUCAAAUACCUGAUGACACUGGUAGUGGGAAUAUCGGCUGUUUUCUGGGUCAGCAGUAAGAAGACGUGCUCAGAGUGGGCCUUUUUCUUCAACCGGACCCGCAAAAAAGACCCGAUCAGUGAGAGCCGUAGGGUGCUACAGGAGUCUUGCGAGUUCUUCCUCAAGCACAACAGCCGGGUCCAGCACAAGAAGAAGCACUACAAGUCCAGCUCCCACAAGCUGAAGGUCAUCUCCAAAUCCAUGGGGACCAGCACGGGUGCGGCCACCUCCCCUGCCGCGGGCCACAGCGUCCCCUCGGCCGCCACCGCCGCGUCCACCGGCGUCCCGGGCCGGCCCUCGUUCUCCGAGGUCAGGGGCUCGUCGGAGGCCUCGGGGAGGGAGCAGGUGGAGAGGGGCAGCGCGGGCCGGGGGUCCCGGAGGGGCGGCGGGGAGAGGGAGCCGGCGGGACAGGCCCUGCCCACCCACGACGCCCUCGAGAGGCGGAGCAAAACCGGCAGCUCCACAAAGUUCAGCAGCCGCUCCGAGAGCUUCCAGAGAGUUCCAGACGGCAGGAUGACGCCCAGGAGCGACUUUGCAGAGGGAAAGCAGGGUCCCAUUGGGCAGCCGCCGACACUAAGCCCCUCCCACAGCGCCAGCAGCAAAGGCUCCGCCCCCCCGCUGGUGCGGCUGACGCCCGAAGAGAGCAAGGAAAAAGAGAGCAGCUGUUCCAAUGCCUGAGCACCACUGUUCUCUGAAAUCCAUACUCUUGUGAGUACCCCCAGUCCCCCUCACCCCAAACCUGUACCUACAUCCUUUUCAUUAACACUAGAGGCACGUGUGGCCAAUAUGAUUUAUGAUGAGCCGCACAUGCCUAGUGACAUCACAGGCCACACCCAACCACUAUGUGAUCUGUACCUGGAACCCACAACCAAAUUGAAGUCCAUGCUGAAUGUUCAUCCACCAGCCACUGCGGGCAAAGCAGAGGACAGGGGACUGUGCAGUUCUGAAGGACUGCAGCCCCCAUGCUCCUUUGCAAAGCCUCAGUCAACACCACUUAUUGAUAUACAGGUAAAUAAUAUGAAUGUAGAAUUUACACUGGUGAAAAUGUAGUGUCAUAUACCUGUUUCAUUUUUUAUAAUCAAACUAACACUGGAAACUAGUCCGUACACUGAAUUUUGGUGGAGGGUGAAUUAAAAUUUUUAGAGAUUUGUAUAAUAUAUCUGGAUGGAGUUCAUGACAAAUGUUUGUUGUGGAGACACAAUAGUUGUGGUGGACACUGAAAAUGCUUUAUCAGUCUUUCUUACUUUGCUUUGUAGUAGUUUGUAGUUUUGUUUGCAUACAGAAAUGUGCGGCCUCAUAUUAUGAUGUAGCUAGAAACGAUCAGUUGAGAGUAUUUUGUGUUAGGCUUUGCCGUACUUGUUCCACAUCAACACUGUGUCUACUGAGAUGUUUGUUAAACAUGCAUAAACGGAGCUCUAACAUCUGAUAUAUUUAUUGAGUACAUUAAGCAGGUAGUGAUCUUUGCAGUAAUCAUAGCAUUUUCAGCAUACGCUUUUAACCAGGUAUUUUAUGAGUAUUGUACAAUAUGUUACAUUAAUAGUUCUCGUAGUAUUUGUUUCUCAAGCUUUGUAAUUUACUCACAUAUUUUUCCAUAGACAGUUGGUCUUCUCCCUCAGUAUUAAUUUCCAUAAAUACAUGUGUGUGAUACCAUAUCUAGCAUUUACUGAAGGGCUAACAACUUUCAUUUCAAAGUUUAUUUUUCAUUUAAAGUUGUAUCCAGUUAUUAGGCUUUGAAUUUAAAACUAAGCUUUAUAUAGAUUACAAGAUUUCAUCUUAAACACUACAUAAGACAACAUCACUCAGUCAAGAUGAUUACUACAUUCAUUUUCAAAACUUUUACCCUUAAACAUUACACUACACAAAUCCCACCUUUACCUGUAAUGAAUGGUGCGACCUAUGUGCUUAUUAGAAACACUCUAAUUAUGGGACUGUGUUCAUUAAAAAAAAAACAUUUAUUUACUGUUACUGUAUUGAGGAGCUGAUCUCAUCAUGUAUCUAUCCAUAGGAAGUGACCAAUGUGAAUACUAGCUGCGGAUUAAUGCUAGAAUAUGCUGUAUAACACUGUAACCGUAACAUUUUCAUUUUUAUGCGACAUUGUCCUGUUAGACAACAGAAAAUAUGUUUUGAACAGAAGUAAUUUGUACUGGAGAAAAUAGAGGCCUUAAUAGCCAGUUUAAAUCUAUUGGUGCAGUAUGUUUAUUGUCUGAAUAUCAGUCAUUUUGAAUGAAUUUUGAAUCAGUGGAGUGGUUUAGGACUUAAAAUCUCACUUUUAAACCAUAAUGAAAAGUCCAAAGCGUUGCUGCUUUACUUAAAUGGAACAUUCUUGGUGUUUAUAUCGUUGGACAGUUCCGGAACUGACGUCAGGAAGAUAAUUAGUGGCCUGUGCAGAAUUUUCAUGUUUCUGCCUCAUUACCAUUUUCAACCACAAUUUGUCAGUGUUUUUUCCAGAGAUGUUUCCAAAGCAGUUAUUUGUGGUAUUGAUGAGCUUGAAAGCAAUUUUCAUGCCUUUUUAAAAUGUCUUCCUAUUAUGUGUGUCCAAAAUGCUGAAUAUUACAGAAAAAAUGUUCAUAAUCUGUGUGCUGUAUCUUAAUGUGAUAGCUUGGCACCACUUUUGUCAAUAGGAAAAAACAGGAGCUGAUUACGCUCCUGAAAAAUAGGUGGCAGCUGUUAUCAAAAGGGAAUUCACAAAGUCCAGAAGCCAAGAUUUGUGUACAACACAAACUACUUUAAAAAAAACAUUUUUACCGGUUUAUUGCCUUUAAUAUAUUAUGCAAUUAGCAAAUGCUCUUUUAGAUUUAGAUCAGAGUUGCAAAAUAAAUAGCAAAAUGCUAAAUCAUUUUUGCAGUCUUGUUUGUCUUUCAUCUUCUUCAAAAUGAAAGAACUUUAGGGGAUGCUGGCUGUUUUCUUUACUAAGAAACCAAACAGCCAAGCCACACAAGCCUCUUUUGAUUAUGAAAUGUUGGAGCAUUUGUCUGGAAGGGCCUCCAAAGAAUCUGGGGUUUUUGUGGGCCCACUCACUCCACUCUUUCCUUCACUCUGUCCGAUACCCCUCAUCUGUCCCUCCGCUAACAAUCUCUCUUCUUUUACCACAAGUACCUGUUUAGAACAUAGCUUUGAAAUGUUUAUUUCCCAUUGUGUUCAAUCUAAACCUUGUUUUUUUAGAUUUUAUAUUCUAGACGGCAGUAGUCUUUUU